AUGUUUGGAACCAAUGGAGAUGCUGGUAUGGCUAUCACUGAUCCAACAAAGCAAGAAGAGGUGUGUAUUUUGACGCUAAGUGUAAAAGUUUGAAUAAAUUGUUUGAAGAUCUAUCGAGUGUUGGAAUCGCUGAAAAAGGACGAGUCAGGGUGGAAAAAAUCAGUUCAAUCGUUUGUCGGACCUCAGAAACCGUAAGUUAUUAAUGAAAUGGCCAGUGAAUCAUUUUCCAGCAGGACCGCGGAAGAGCAAUUUCUACUGCUCCAGGUUGUCGAGGACUUUCUCACGAAACGGUAUCAUUCUUCCAAUACAGAUGACGUUUCGGUUGUUAGAAACUUUCUUCUUCACUACGCUAAGGUAAUAAUUGAUUUACACGGAUUUUAAAGUUGAAAUUGACUUUUAGAGCAAUCAAACGGGAGAACAGCCGGUCUUCCUUACUAACAAGAUGGCACAUAUAUUUUCCCUCGUUUUUGCAGCAGACUUUCCUGAAAGAUGGGCGAGCUUUUUCAAUGAUCUGUAAGAUUUGGGACAAACUGAAUAUUUCUUUCAGCAAACCCCAAAAAGUUUCAGUUUCUUCUCCGGCAACAUGAACGAUCGCAAAGUGGCAUUUUUCUAUUUGAAAGUGCUGUUGGCAAUUGAUACAGAAGUAGUCAAUAGAGAUAUACAAAGAUCUAAAAAUGUACGAGAACGCCAUCUAUUGUGUUUUAUCCCGAGGCUUUUGUUUUGCAGGAAAGUGACAGAAAUAUGAAGAUCAAAGAUGCGAUGAGGGAAAUUUGUAUAAAUGAAAUUGCAAAGAGCUGGCUUUCUAUUGCGGUGAGAUAAUUAUUUACUGAAUUUUCCCAAACUAAGCAAAUUCAGAAUGCCCUUCCGGAUGACAAUGCGAUUCAAUGUCUUGUCCUUGAUAACAUCGCUUCGUAUGUCGACUGGAUUGAAUUGGAUCUCGUUGCAAAUGAUUAUGUCAUGCCGCUUAUAAUCUCCAAGUUCCAGAAUACCGCUACUUCCGAGGUAAUUAUGAACUAAAUUAACUUAUAUUUUUUUAAAUCUGAUUCUAGUCUGCGACAUCGGCUGUGCGGGCUCUUCUAGAGAAAGGAAUGCCAGCAGAAAAGAAGGCCGGAUUGACGUUGACCAUAAUGACGGUUCUGCGAAACAACAGAUUGUUGACCAUCAAUGAUGUAAGUAUUCGGUUCAUUUUCAUUGAUAACUCAGCUUAUCACUGUAUUCCCAGACCAAUGACGACGAGGAGGUGACACGUGUCGGAUCUCUGGUAAACACUCUUGGACUCGUACUUCUGGAUGUUCAAAAUAAGUAAGUUGGUUUUAUUGCAAAAACUUCUUUAUGUACAGAAAUAGGCUCGGCUAUAGGAGAUUUUAGAAAUUACGUUUGAAAAGUGAAUUCUGAGAACAUGUCUGUUCGCACUGCAUUUUACUCGCGAACCGGUUUUCGUUUCCACAGCCGCUCCAACUGAAGCGCUCACAUCUCCGAGAGUCUGUGUCAUAAUACCUGUAGAAAAGAAAAUGAGACUCAAGAAUAAGAACUAAAAAUGUACCACAUGAUUCUUGCUCGGCUACAUGAUCCAGUGAUUGGCGGAAGAGAGCAGAUAUCCACUGAAGGAGGGGUAGUUGGCGGCGCGGUUGUUGGGAGAGUCGGAAGAGUGAAUGGAGGGAGAAGAGAAGGAGCAGCAGCUCCCGGGGUGCCCAUUCCGAACAGACUCAAAAACGGAGCAAAAGGAGAUGGCGGAGUUGUCGCAGGAGCGACGGUUGUUGGAGGAGAUGUCGGAGCCACAGGAACGGAGAAAGUGGGUGUGUUCGGAGCAGUUCCAGUCUGUGGGCUCGGGAAAAGAGGAUGUCCACCGUUGAUUGUUCCGAACGGUGAGGGAGAAGAUGUUGUUUCGACGAGACAUUGGGCUACCUGUAAGAAAAGAAAAACAUGAACGUUUACGGAUUCCGUAGGAUUAGCUUCCGUCUGAUCCGACACAGAGCGAUCUAGGAAUGCAGCUGUGUAAAUUCAUGAAAGCGUUUAAAACACAAAUAUUGACUCGCCUUUAUGAUGACCAAUUCUUAAAAGCAUACCUGAUCAACUAUGAGACAUUUUUUCGGGGGAUCGCAAAUGAGGGAUUCACAUAACCAUUCUGCACUUUGCCCGUUUACAGUCUCCAAUAACAGAAGAAAGGAAAUAAUAGUCAGUGGAAUCAUUCUGAACAACGUAGAAAAUGAAAUCUAGAAAACAAUGAAAUCGAGUGUGAAAUAAAGGAAUCUUCGGAACUGGUAUGUUGGUGAGAUGAGGGGAAUAAGAGGAAAGGGCGGCGAAUGGCAAGCGAAGAGGUGAGUCACGCAUCGCAGAUCGCGAGGAGGAGGAGGGGAAGAAGCGGAGUGACCGGUUGCGACGACUUAAGCCGAAGAUUGGCGUGAAGACACCUGAAACUUGAAAUUUGCAGGUUGUGCGCCAGUUCGAUACUGGAGAAGGAGCAGGAAUGCUGCGUGCGAGAGCUGGCUGGACUCGCCGAGCCCGCACUCGUUGUGCUCAGCAAUGAGGAUCCAGAUUCGAGCUGUCUUUGCAUCGACUUCAUCCGAGCAUACUCUUCGUUCCUAAUCAAAUUCUAUCCGAAUGUGGGUGAUUGUCAAUUUGAGGAUUUUGAAAUAGAUGUUUUCAGGACACAGUUUUCAUCGAGAAAGUCAUCAGAGCAGGACUUCUACGAUACGUGAUGAAUGACGAUAUGACUGUCGGAGGAGACGGAGAAGAGGAGGUGGAGUUCCAGGAAACACGUAGAGAUCUCCGUUCAAUGCUAAACGUCAUCGGAUUGAAACGUCCGGAAGCAAUCAUCAAUGCAAUUGAACCGUGGGCGGCGGAAGUCACUGCCAGAGGAUCAUCGAUUCCAGUGAACAGAGUAGAAGCGCUCCUGCACAUUGUGUUCCACCUUCACGAGAUCAUUCCGGUAGGAUACUGGUUCCCACGACUUCCUCUCAUCAUUCUUUUUUUUAAGAGUAACAUGCUUCAAACUCCACGGGAAGGAAUUUCGCAAAGAGCUGCCCGUCUUCCAAUUGCCAUUCUCGAGGGGCUGGUUCUAGAUGAGAGGUGCCCACCGAUAAACGUUCUUUACUUCGAACUGGCGUGUCGCUACGAGCGUCUCCUCUCUCUGCCGCCCUCUCCGGCCGUCAUCCCACACAUCGCCGCCGCUUUCCUUGAUCACCGUGGAAUCUCGAAUCCGUCGGCCGCCGUUCGAACCCGCAUAGUCUACCUUUUCUGUCGAUUCGUGAAAUCGCACAAAACAGUCCUCGGGCCGCUCGUUUCGGAAGUGAUUACUCGCCUCGCUCCAAUGCUCGCAGUUUCCCCGCAAUCGGAUGCCAAUCAACUGCUCUCUCCAGAUGAUCAAGGAUAUAUCUUCGAAGCAACCGCCACGCUGAUUGUCUUUGGAAAUUUGACAUCAGAAAUGAAGUCACAAUACGUUGGAGAAUUGGUCUCGACCUUGGCAAUGAAGUUUGAAAACGGACUGGCUGAACUGAAUGCGGCCAGAGCAAGGAAAACGGAUGAAGAGACCAUCCAGGCGAUCCUACAGUUUAUGGCCAGCAUAAUUGGAUACUGCAGUCGGAUGUCGAAGGCAUUUAACAAUUCUCAAUCGAUGAAGGCGUGCAACUGCGUGGAAAUUUACUUGAAACUGAUCAAGUUGUUCUUCGAAACGCUGUCACCCGAAAAUGCAUUCCUGCUAGAAUCGACCCGGCAGUUUGCUCACCGUCUCGUCGUUUGCAUGGAAGAGGAGCUCAUGCCGUACAUGAGUGUCAUUUUCGACAAAUUGGCCCUAGUCUCCACCGACCUUGAUUCCAUGCAUCAUUUGCUCAUCUUCUGUCACCAAACCGUCGCAAAACACAAGAAGUUGAUGCUGACGAGUGGAGUGGAUCUAGGAAAUGUGCUGGCGAUUGCGGCGAGAACGUCAGUGCAAGAGCAAGAUAACAAUUUGGCAGCUAAAGGUGUGUUAGUCUUAGUGGGGCAUUUCGAAAAAAGAAUGUACUUUCAGAUGACGGUCAGCAUGCUCUUCUCUACGUCCAAAGAGCAUUUGUGCAGUUGUUGUUCACGGUGAUCGCGAGCGACUGUGUUCCCGCCCUCAACUCCACUCCCGGACUGCUCAACCACGUUCUCGAAGCAGCCGCCCAUCUGGCCCUGUCCUCCGAUCAGACCGCCCAGAAGGUGGCCCUCUCAAGCCUUGCCAAGAUCUCCCCGAUCAUCCCGGAAUGGUCCGCACGGACUCUUCGUGUCGCCCUCGAGAUCCCCUCACUUUCCCACAUCACCCCGUCAGAUGCCGGAAGCACCCUUGUGGUGCACGAAGUGUGCUCCACCCUCGCAAGUCUUCACCAAGCUGAUCCAGAUGGGUUUUCUCGAGCACUCCGAGAACUCGUUCCCAAUGGAUUUUCCGAUCAGCUUUUGUCUGCUCUGAACAAUUUGAAGGGCAAGAAUCUUGACAAACAGGUGAGAGUUUUCAAAUGUUUUGUGUCUCAAGCAGUCCUUUUAGGUCAUGAGUCUCUACACUUCCCUUCGGAAUCAGGGCGCCCAUUGA